AUGGCACCUCGCACCAAAUCCAAAGACCACCGACGCAAGAAAGGACCCGUCCAGCGUAAUGGACGCGUCCGCAAGACAUCCCGGCGCAAAUCGUCAUUGUCUGUGAGUCAAAUAAGCCCCGGCACGGGUCCUCUGCUGACCUCCCACGAAAAGUCGUCCUCGAAGAAGAGUCUGAUUCCUGAAUCGAAUGACCCACUGGAAGAAAAUGUUACCGAGUCUGUACCGAUGCCAGACGGCUACGUCUUGGUUCCCAAGGGAGAUGUGUACAUGACCCGCAACUGUCGCAGCAAGACCAAGGAGUCCCACCGGACUGUCUUCGUCGUUUACAACAAAUUGGGAAAGCGAAUUCAAGGCAUCCGAGUUCCUGCCGAGAUCUAUGCCAACGUCGUCGAAAUGGCUGCACUGACGUCCGGCUCUCGCGCAAAUGCCGUUCAGGCCCGUGACACUAAAUUCCUCUCUCACGGUCGGAAGCUACUUAAGGAGCAGUUCCCACUGAUUCCUGAGGAAUCUCUUGAGAUCAUCGUGAACCAUUCGUUCCUCAAAGGCUCUGGACGAGUCGGCCGUGCCACGACGACAACCGACAAGCGCAAGGCUACAUUGGCCGUUGAAGCGCACAUUCGACACAAACAUACACCCUACGAGAAGCUGCUCUCCUCCGGUAUCGAUCGAAAGGAUGCUCGAGAGGAAGUGUGGCCCGCGGUUCAGGCAAUCAGGAAGACCUGGGAGGGCAGUGGAGAGAACAAGGAGAACGACGUUGAGUGUUUGGCCAUCCGCUCCGCAGAGGUGGUGGUAUUGGAUUGA